GGGCCGACCAGUAGUCCCUCUGACAGCCCUCCGCAUCGCCCGGCUGCCAUCGGCGGCUCGUUCCAGAGGAUCCGUCGGUGCUCAUGUGCGGCACCAGCAGACCAACGCCCUCCACCGCCUCAGCCAUCCUUGCCAUCUCUGCCAUCCAGGCUUUGUCCACAUCGCCAUCCAUCUCGUCGCCCGCCAUCCAUCUGUCCUGGAAGCAACCCGCCAUCCGUCUGUAUAUCCAGCCAUCCGAUUCUGUUGCUCAGGCGAUCAACCCAUCCGCCAGAUCAACCCAUUCACCAACCACGCCCUUACCCCAGUUCAAUCCGAGCCCGCAAGUGCUCUACCCAAGCCUCCAUUUCACGGGCUACUUCCCUGAAUCUCUCUCAGUCAAGCAUCUCUGAUCGCCCACCCCCUGCUUCGAGCUCCGCAUCAUCGACAGCAUGGUGAGCUGGACGAUUUGCAUCUCUGUCAUAGUUGGCGCCUUGCUUGCCUUCCAGGCUGGAGCCAACAGCUCGCUCGGCAACCGAUCAAAGUCGUCGUCUUCGGCGGUGCUGUGGAGCUUUCUCUCUGGAACAGUGCCGUGCAUCAUCUACUGGCUCGUGGAGAUCCAGGGCGGCCAGCGCAUCAAUACCCUGGACUCGAUUGGAGCAAAUGCAAUUCCCUGGUGGGCAUGGGCCGGCGGCCCACUCGGUCUCUACUACGUCGGCGCCAUCACCGUCCUGGCUCCUCGUCUCGGUGCCGCCGCCUGCCUCGGCGUCAUCGUGGCGGCCCAGCUGGCGACUGCCGUCAUCCUGGACCAUUAUGGCCUCAUUGGUCUUCCCCAGCACACGGCGGCCCCGGGGCGGAUCGUAGGCAUCGUCCUGUCGGUGGCCGGAGUGACUCUGGUCAUGUAUGGCGACUCGAUGGUGUACCGCAUCACCCACCGACAUCGAUCCAAAGCAUCGGCGGCCUUGGAGCAAGCAAAGCCGGUCGGUCAGCUCGACCAGGCCAACCAGGCCGACCUUGAAGUCCAAGACACCAAUGCGCCCGUUCCCGAGCUUGCCGAAAGGAUCGACUGGGUUUGGUCCGCCGCCCUGCUGACCGGGGCCUUCCUGGCCGGGGCCGCCCUGGCUUUUCAGGCCGGUGUGAGCGGGUACAUGGGAACCAUGACGACCCCCGGGUUCUCGGCCCUAUACAACUUUGUGUUUGGGGACGUUCUGAUUCCCAUAUACUGGUUCUUUGAGCCGAACGGUCGCAAGGCACUGAAUCUGAAGGAGCUCAUUACAACCUCGCCAUGGUGGAUCUGGAUCGGCGGUCUCAUCGGCUCCGGCUAUGUGCUAUCGAUCACCUUUCUGAUUCCGCUUCUUGGGGCAGCCACCAAUCUGGGCACCAACAUUGUCGCCCAAAUCAUUGCCGCCAUGGUCCUGGACCACCUGGGCUGGAUGGGCUUCAAGGUCCAGCGCGCCUCGUACGUCCGGGUCUUUGGGGCGCUGGUGCUCUUGGUUGGAGUCGUGAUGGUGUCGGCCUUUUAGAGUCUGGGCCCCAGCGCCGAGGAUGUGUUCGUUUUCAGGGAGAAGACGGGCUUGUGUCCUGCGUUUGCUGCCGAGCCGACUCUUGAGGCUUCCGAUUGAUCCAAAGGCAGAGAACUCAGUCAGCGAUUCGGAACAGUGGCCCCUUCGCAACAGCAACCCAUAAACCACCACAAGCGACAACAGCCAUAACAGCAGCAGCAGCAGCCAACGGCGCCAUGGCAAGUCGGUGACCGCAAGCCAAAAGUUGCCCUCGGUCGAGGCUCGUCCAGCAUUUCCGGGCCCAAAGGCCACACCACCUCCUCAACUCGGUCGCUCCCCGCACAGAUCAACAUCAUACAGACGCGAUCCAAGCCACCCUGCCAAUCUAAUACAUCAUUAUACAAAGCUA